GAGGAGCGGAGCAGCGGAGCAGCGGAGCAGCAGCGGGACGCGCAGCACGGGCGCGAUGAGCCCGGCCGGGGCCGCCGGUGUUUAGGGCGGACGCUGCCGGAGCCGGGCUGGGCUCCAUACCUGCUCUGUGGUGUAUGCUCGAGACAAUUGUCCCAAAGAUGCAAGAACUUAUUCAAAACCUGCUCUCUCUUUUAAGUUCUGCUCUGGAAUGGGCCUUCAGAGGGGCUCCCCUUGGCCAAGGUGCCACCUCCUGUCCUGCCUUCUGGCCAGCUGCUGUUGGCUCUCACCGGGAGCAGCUUCACUGCUGAGCAUGACAGAACGGAUCUGGUCUACUGAGUGGAGUCUGCACUUAAAUGAAAAGUGAGAAUCAGUUACAAAAUGAAUUUUCAGUAGUUUGCUGAGCUUUGGUUCUGUUCUCAGCCAUCCCUUUGCAAUUCUCCAGCUUCAAGAGAAGAAAGUGAACUCCCUAAUUCCUCUAACCUCAGAGUGAACUUAAAGCAAAAGCGUAUUCAGAUCCCCAGCCGAGUGACUCCCAGUUCUGCGUUGGAUGGAAUGAACCGGUCCCAGCGACGACUGAGCGAGGAGCUUCUCCUCGAUGCCUGGGAGAAGGCUGGCCUGGUGAUCACCUCCUUGGGGGAAUUCCGUGUUCCUCCUCCUAGCCCUCACAGCACUCUUCAAAGCCGUUCACCACCCACAUUCCUGAUCCCUUUCAAGAAGGGUUGGGCUGGCACAGUAUGAGUGACAUCUUGGUUCUGAUGGGUGGAAGUGAGUGAAAAGCCUGAUGGAAAUCUGUCUUGGGAUGCUUCCUUCAGGUUUGUGAAGCCUUGAGGAAAUCCAGUCACGGUGAAAACAAGGAAAAGUGUGGAGAGCCUGUAGACUGCAUACUGUGCUGUAAUGAGCACCAGUGCACUGGGGUCUGGUACCCAACCCCUGACUUCAGCAUUUGAAGAGUAAUUGUGGAAGGGGAAACCCGAAUAGUCUGGAGAAAUAAAUGAAAAUAGAGACCUGUACUUGAAGAAGGCUUGAUUUGCAAAUCUGGCAGAAAUUACGUUUACAGAAGGAAUCCAGAAGUAUUGUUUUAUAUGUUAGGUACUCAAUUAAUAAAGUAAAUACCUUGUAAAUACCAAAAACAUGACACCCAGCUACUAGAGAGAAAAGGAAAAAUACUCUUGAGGGUAGCUUUGUCUCAAGAAAAGGGGCAUCAGCUGCAUCCAUCUCUUACCCUUCAGUGUUGAUUUAUGCAACUUUGCAGAAGAUUAGGUCAGAAAGGAGGUGUGAAAAAAAGAUCAUAAAGAAUUAUUUUGUCUUCUUCAAGAUGAAAACCACCUGAAUUCCCGUAAUUUAUAGUACUGUUUCCAUUGCCGUACAGCAGACUCGUGUCUGGAUGACAUUCUGCUAAACAAUGAUGUGAUUGAUGUGAUGUGAUGUGAUGUGAUGUGAGGUGAUGUGAUGUGAUGGAAAAUCCUGCACAGGAGAGCACCUCAUCUACUGCAUCAGCUGAAGUUUUCAACAAGUUAAUAAUUCUUCAGGGUCGGACCAAAGUAUGAAAAAUUCUAUUUUACCAAAAAAAGUGAUCAUCUUUCUCCAUCGUCCCAGAAAGGUUACACGGGAAGGUGAAAUCAGAGCAGAGGAUGACUCAGUACAACCAUUCAGCACAGUUCUCUCUCCAGAGCUCAGCAAAUAAAUCAUUAAACGUCACUGAAACCCUGCUGUCUUGGGAUGAAAGGACACUCUUAGGGCUGAAGAUUUCGCUGUCAAUCCUCCUGUCCGUUAUAACUCUGGCGACCAUCCUCGCCAACGUUUUUGUCGUUGUGACGAUUUUGCUGACUAGAAAGCUCCACACACCCGCAAAUUACCUCAUCGGCUCCUUGGCCGUGACCGAUCUCCUGGUGUCUGUGCUGGUGAUGCCCGUCAGCGUCGCCUACACCGUCACUCACACGUGGGCCUUCGGCCAGCUGCUGUGCGACAUCUGGCUGUCGUCGGACAUCACGUGCUGCACAGCCUCCAUCCUGCACCUCUGCCUCAUCGCGCUGGACAGGUACUGGGCUAUCACGGACGCCCUGCAGUACCCCAAACGCCGCACGGCCGGCCGGGCAGCCCUCAUGAUUGCCGUGGUGUGGAUGAUAUCCAUCAGCAUCUCCGUGCCGCCCUUCUUCUGGAGGCAGGUGAAAGCGCACGAAGAAAUCGCGAAGUGCGCUGUAAACACGGAUCAGAUUUCCUACACCAUUUAUUCCACCUGUGGAGCUUUCUACAUCCCGACCGUGCUCCUCCUGAUACUGUACGGUAGAAUUUAUGUGGCAGCUCGGUCCAGGAUUCUGAAGCCACCCUCGUUAUGUGGGAAACGUUUCACCACUGCACACCUGAUCACUGGUUCUGCGGGGUCUUCCCUCUGCUCCAUUAAUGCCAGCCUCCAUGAAGGGCAUUCCCAUGCAGGUGGAUCCCCAAUAUUUAUCGGUCACGUUAAAAUAAAACUGGCAGAUAGUGUGCUGGAAAAGAAAAGAAUUUCUGCUGCGAGAGAAAGGAAAGCUACCAAAACUUUAGGCAUUAUUCUGGGAGCUUUCAUUUUCUGCUGGCUGCCUUUUUUUGUCACGUCCCUAGUCCUACCGAUCUGCCAAGACGCCUGUUGGUUUCAUCCCAUCCUACAGGACUUUUUUACCUGGUUGGGUUACCUAAACUCAUUAAUCAAUCCAGUCAUUUAUACAGCUUUUAAUGAAGAAUUUAAGCAGGCUUUCCAAAAACUAACACUUUUCAAAAAGCGUUCCUCUUGAGACUCUCCUCUUGUGUAACUGACCCUUGUGCAACCUCGCAGCCUACCUGAAACUUUCCAUGCUUUUAUUCCUAAGGAACCGAGUGAUAACUGCCACCUCUGCUCUACCCUGUUCUGUGCAUGUAACUGGGAUUUUCCUGCCAAUUUGAUACUUUCUGUCUGGGAUUGCGCAUAACAGAACUUGUCCGUGGUCUCUGCAGUGAUCAUGUCUGUAUAUAAGACCAACGACACAUGAAAUAAGCUUUGCAACCAGGCGAGGGGUGUGAACCAGGGAGUUUGUCUUGUGGGAUGAGGUGACACAUUAUCCAGUUCUACCACGCCUUCUAACCUGAUGGGAGGAAAUUGUUUGUAUUUCUGCUGUAUAUUAUUAACCAUUUAUGGCAGCUGGGAAGGUUUCUGGAGAGCAGGAUCUGAUACUUACGUUUUCUAUGGCGUGUAUCUCAUCCAUGUGAAGCUGAUAAAACCUGUAACUUUUUCAGAAGAUGUGUGACACAGCCUGACUACAAUCAGCAGCAGGGCAGAGCAGCAUAGCAUGGAUGUAAGUUAUGUGGAUAUUUCACAAAUGAUGCAUUUGAAGCUAUGCUUUUGGUGAACUUAGAAAGGAGACAGUGCAGAAAGGCUACAAAAAUAAAUAGCAUGAAAAAUAUUGAUC